CCUCGCCGUGAUCGGCGUCGGCUCUCAUUCCUCUGCCUACGACUACGAAGUAGGAAGCGGCGAAAGUCUUCCAAGCAGAAGCAGCUAGCCUAGCUCCAUGGCUUCGUUCGGGCCGACGGGCUUGCCAAACUCAGAGCACCUGCGGCACACCAACAAAGGGACGAUGAUCUUCAGCUACACCUGCGUCGGCCUCACGGGCGCCGCGCUCUUCUCCGUCGCCUUCUUCUUCUGCUAUCAGCUCCGCAACCGGGCACCGGUCGCGGCCGCGGGAGCGGAGACCGGCCGCCGCCGCACGGUGGACCUUGCCAAGCUGCCGGAGUUCGCGUACACCCACUCCGCCAGGCACGGCGGCAAGGAGGGCGGCGGGGAAGGCGCGCAGUGCUCCGUGUGCCUCGGCACGGUGCAGGCCGGCGAGAUGGUGCGGCUGCUGCCCUUGUGCAAGCACCUGUACCACGUGGAGUGCAUCGACAUGUGGCUGGCGUCCCAUGACACUUGCCCGCUUUGCCGCGCGGAGGUUGAGCCCCAGCCCCCGGAGGACGAUGGCCAGCCCGAGGUGACGACCGAGCUGCCGGUCUAGGGCGCCGGCUGGUCGCCGAAGUUGGCUACCGCAAGGUGCAUGCUAAUUUAGUUUGUAGCUUGUGGCCUGUGUGUUAGUUCUGAUCGAUACAGCAUGUAGUUGUAACUUGUAAAUUCCUCCGUAUACAAAGGAAAAAUUGUUCUGGGUACAACGGAUACUGCAAAGAUCACCGCUCCUCUUGUGUAUUACUCCCUUCAAGAGCAUAGAAGUUCGAAAAAAAGAGAGCAUAGA